UUGGUUGCUUAUGUAAUCACUCUUAUCCCCCCUCCACAAGCUCUAGUGAUAGUUUCAUCGCCUCUCCUUCGCAUUUGCAGUCUUUCUUCUUCAGUGUCGCGGUGCCCCUGGGAUAUUUGCUUCGCACCCGCGUGUCGUGACAACUAUGGCCCCACCUUCGCUUUUCAUGGCUUUAUUUGUGACCAGUUUUCCGUCUCGCCAAGUGGUCCUUGGGAUACCAUUGGAAAGGAAAUGGCACAAUGGAGCAUCUCAGAGGGGUGGGCCCCUGCCUCCAAGUGGUCCUACACAAUCAACGAAACCAUCAUCUACCAUUAUAAUUGCCGGAUCCCUUGGUGUAUGCUGUCUUGUUGCAGCAGUAGUUUUAAUAUGGCAGAUACGAAAGCGGAAUGCCUCGUCUGCCUCGACCGGGGCGGUCACACAGGCUGAAGCAAUUCUGGCUGGUGGGACCUCAACCACAAAUCUCGUAUCCAAUCCUGAGGGGGAUGCUUCGCGUACACGAGCGGAAGUCAACGCUAGUAGUACUAACUCAGACCGGCCGAGGAGGUCACGGCGACCACGGCGCACUCCCAGUCAAAUUAGCACGAAAUCUUUGCCUGCCUACAGAGAAGAGCCAGCAGACGAAGAUCUUGUCCUCAUAAGACGUGACAUGAAUGACGCAGAGGACGAGCACAACAGCCCUAUGCUCAAUCUAGAUUCAGAUCCUUCCUCCACACACCCAUCACAUACUCGCUCGUUUUCAUCAAGCUCCUCUGCAAUACCUAUCAGGACUCCUAACGGGCAUAUCCGCCAGCCUUCAAGUACUUCUGGUGAGCUAAGAGGCAGCAUGGAUUCACGGAUAGCAUCUGCGGACACUCAUGAUAGUGCGGGAAGCGACGACCGCCUCUUGGAGCCUAAUGAUUCUACCGUCCCUCCUAUCUGUGAUGGCGAGGAAGCGCCCCCAUAUUUUGAAUUCCAAGAAAAUCAGACUCCCAACCCCAUAGCAAACCCACCUCCCGAGAUCACUAUAUCAGGCUCCCCAACUGCACCUUCUAACACUAGCCUAUCCUCAUUUCCCUUCCUUCGCAUUUUCAGACGCAGUCCUACCCACCACGGUCCUGUCUCAGGGAACGGUUCCCUUGCUCUCACAAAUGAGAGCACAACUUCCUCAGAUGGCCUGACGAAUUCAAGCCCAUCACCCAGCAGGUUGGACUCGCAGGUAUCAAAUUCCAUUCACACAACUGAGUCAUCGCGCAGCCUACAAGCACAUAACCGAUCCGGGAGCUCUCUCGCCCCAGCCCCCCGAGCAGUCACAAUCCCAGCUCAUCUCAAUCUUCAUUAUCCUCUUUCAACAUUUCCGCGCCACUUACACACACUACUACCCGUACUCAAUUUUCGUUUCCUAAAGCUGGUCCUACUCCUGAACAAGUUAAAUUUUGCAGCCAAGGAAGCUUAUCCUAAUAAGCAGCCCCCACCCUUUGAGGAAUCAGAAAAUGACUCGGGGCUCUCAAGCUCGCAGCGCAACCCUUCUACGGCGGCGAGCUGGUGGCGCAACUUAACACAGCUUGCGAGCGGGUCCAGUGACCCCGAGGUUUCCACUGAACAUAGCCCUUCAAGCCCACUCCGGUCCAAUGGCGUGCCGCAAUUCAAUGUUAACGAGCAUCGAGGCACGCAUGAAAUGACAGAAUUCCAUCCUUCAUCUAGCUCAAGUCCAGAUCGCCCAUCUACUCCAUUACCCCUCACCCGCGGCGGAACACUAUCAUCAGUCACAUCAGACCCUUCACGCACAAGUUAUACAACAGCACGAGAUGAACUAGCCAUCGACCAAUCACAAACACACGCUUCAACUCCGACUGACCCUGACGCGUAACAACACCCCCAUCCACAGUCCGAAUGUCAAUUCCAUCUUUUCCGCCAACUACAUUUAAUACUCCAAUGUCACCCAGGUAACCGUGCGCCAAGCCCCUCUGACCCUCGAGAAGUAUAAAAUGCUUGUGUAUCUUCAUUAGUUAAUGGAAACGUGCAGACUGCGCAAGCUUAUUUGUUUGUUUCUCUUAAUCAUUUGUGUUCAUUGGUAUCUUUAGCAUUUAAGGACAUUUAUUGAUAUCAAUUCGCACUCAUCCGACUUUACCGCACUAGUACUCCAUCACAUAUUUUGAUAAAAAAA